UAUAUUGUGUGUGUGUCAGAAAUGGCUUUUCCUGAAGAAGUUGUAACUGUCAACAAAGCCUUCUCAGGACUUGGAAUCGAUGAGAAGUCACUGAUAUCAAUAUUGGGGAAGUGGGAUAAAGAUGAGCUAAAAUCAUUCAGAUUAGGGACUCCACGUUUCUUUGGCGAGGAUGAUCGUUGUUUCGAGAAAUUGGUGCAACAUCAAAUUAAGCAAUUAAAUACUAACUUUUUGCGCUUUAAAAAUGCAGUGGUAUUGUGGACAAUGCACCCAUGGGAAAGGGAUGCUCGGUUGAUGAAUGAUGCACUGUUAGAUGGGCCGAAAUCGUAUAACGUCAUCGUAGAGAUCGCAUGCACAAGAUCUUCAGAAGAGCUACUUGGUGCAAGACGAGCUUAUCACUCCCUCUUUGAACGUUCCAUUGAAGAAGAUGUUGCUUCUUAUGUCACUACAGAUGAACGCAAGCUUUUGGUAGCACUGGUUAGUGCCUAUCGUUACGAAGGUCCAAAAGUGAAUGAAGAAGUUGCAAAAGUUGAAGCCAAAACUUUCUUGAAUGCUUUGAAAAACGCCAACAAAAAGAACCCUCUCUUGGAUGAUGAUGUUGUCACUAUAUUAGCGACCAGAAGCAAACUACAUAUCAAUUCAUUGUUCAAGUAUUACAAAGAAAUCAGUGGCAGCUCUGUCUAUGAGGAUCUUCAAGCAGCCUUGAUCUUGAGUGAUAUAGUUGAAUGCUUUUGUAUACCACCUGCUUACUUUUCCAAGGUGAUGGAAGCAGCAAUGGUGAAAGAGGCUGACGAGAACACAAGAGAAGGUCUUACUAGGGUGAUUGUUACUCGAGCUGACAUUGAUAUGAAGUAUAUCAAAGAGGAAUACUAUCGCACUUAUAAAUGCAAGUUGUCGGAAAGGAUUGAUGGUGCAACCAAUGGAAACUACAAAGAUUUUCUGCUAUCAUUGAUCUUCAGGGAAGAGAAAAUAUAACUCUGCACUUCAAAAUAUUAUCAACACUCUCAUUUCCAUAUGACAGAAUGCUUGAAAAUAAACCUUCAUAUGAUUUUAUGAAUUCGAUUUGUUGCACAGGUUUGUAAACUUGAAUAAUGGAUAUCAUUUGAAGCU